AUGUUCCCCGGCAACCGCGGGCCGGUCAAGUCGAUGCCGGGCCUCACCUGCUACAUCUGCGGGCGACAGUUCGGCACGCGCUCGCUCGCCAUCCACCAGAAGCAGUGCCUCAAGAAAUUCAAGCAGCAGCAGGCCCGUCUGCCCAAGCACCUGCGUCAGAAGAUGCCGACGCCGCCGCCGCAGGGUGCAAGCCAGGACGAGGUCAACGACGCCGCCUUCAAGGCCUGGAAGUCCUCCCUCGCCGCAUGCCCGCACUGCGCCCGCACCUUUAACCCGGAUCGCCUCGAGGUCCACCUGCGCUCGUGCAAGCCCGGCGCAAAAAAGAUCGAUCUCAACCGCGGUGGCCCACCGUCACGCAAGUCGACCCACGCCUCGGCCCCGCCGUCCGAUGAGGCUCGCAGAGCUCAGGCCCGCGCCCGCGCCCGCCUCCGCGGCGAGUCGCGCAGCCCGGCGUCCGCCGCGUCGCACUCGCGAUCGCCGCGCCCGCGCCACAGCUCCCGCAACCGCCGCUCGCCAGCCUCGCGCUCGCCGUCCCACGGCUCGGCCUCGUCCGACAUCCUCGACGACUAUGCUGGCGAUGACGCCCCGCUCCCGCCGUCAGCCAGCUACGAUUUUGAUCCGGACGAGGCCAUCGCCCCGCCACCGGAAAAUCUCACGCCGUGCCCGCACUGCGGCCGCAAGUUUGCGCCCGACCGCGUCGACAAGCACGCCCGGGUCUGCACCGCCUCGCCGGGCAAGAAACGUAAGGUGUUCAACUCGACCAAGGCCCGGGUUGCAGGCACCGAAGCCGCCAAAUACGUCAAGGCCGGUGUUCACAAGAAGGCUUCGCCCAAGCCGGUCAACAACUGGCGGGCAAAGCACGAGUCGUUCAUCCGCGCUGUCCGCAACGCCCGCAAGGUCACCGCGUACCAGAAGGCCGGUCGCCUCGACGAGCUCCCGCCGCCCGAGUACGAUGCCCACGACGACUAUAUCCAGUGCCCGCACUGCUCACGCCGCUUCAACGAGACCGUCGCCGCGCGCCACAUCCCCCGCUGCGCCACCACAGAGGCGCGCCCCAAGCCGCCGCCCACACACAACCGCUAUGCCCGCGGCGGCGAGCGCCACAAGGCCGGCGCGCGCGGCGUCAAGACCGGCGGUGCCGUCGCGCGGGACUCGCCGCCCCGCCAGCGCCGCCGGCCUCGUGCCUCACCGUCCGACCAGCCGCGCCAGCAUGCGCGACCCAACCGCUCGCCGCGCCAUCCGCCCUCAGACUAUGAGCUCGAAGCCUCCGAACCCGACUCCCUCGACGACGACGACGGCCACGGCCGGCAGAGCGGGUACGGCGGUGGACGCCUCGCCUCGACCAUGCCUGCCAAGGUCGGUGCUCAGGCAAGAUCCCGCGGUCGCCACAGAAACAUUCGCCCGCGCGAGCGCGAGCCCUCGCGGCCGUCCACUGCCGCGCGGCCGUCCACCGCCGCUCGCCGCGCAAAGUUCUGCGGCGAGUGCGGCGUCCGCUUCUCGUCCUCCUCGCAAAAGUUCUGCGGCGAGUGCGGCACGCCGCGCGCCCUUGAUGAGCUUACCAAGCUCGACGAGCUCGACGAACUGGAGCUCUCGGACGCGCCAGCCAACAGCAUGUCGUCUUGCGUCGGCAAGCUCGCACCGCUCAUCACGCUGUCGACCUGCAGAUUGCCGCGAGAUUGA